CUGCUGUGUUUCCAUGUGUAGAGGAAAGCAUGGAGGAAAGGGUUGAUCUGGAUUUAGAGGAUUUCUCUUCAGAGCCGUUUUUGGAAACGUUCUUGAAAGAGAUCCAGAAUGAAGACGCUGUUUUCCUCGUCGGGAUAUUUGUAGCAUUGGCGCUUGUGAUUCUCACUAUCGUUUUCUUUGGGAAUUUUUGGGGCUCCAGUAAAGUGAGGAAUGCAGUGCUGUUGCUGGGACUGUGUGACUCCGGGAAGACUCUUCUGUUCACUCGAUUAUUACUAGGAAAGUUUGUACGAACUCAGACGUCCAUCACAGAGAGCAGUGCCACAUACAAGAGCAAAAGUGAGAGAGGCAGCAGUUGGACCCUUAUCGAUGUUCCUGGUCAUGAAAGUUUAAGAACUCAGAUUGUUGAGAAGUACAAGGAUGUGGCACGAGCCAUCGUGUUCGUGGUGGACAGCAGCAUCUUCCAGAAGGAUGUCAGAGAUGUGGCUGAGUUUCUCUACUCCAUCCUCACAGACAGCAUCCUGGCCAAAAAUGCCCCAACACUGGUGGUGGCCUGCAACAAACAAGAUAUCACGAUGGCCAAAUCUGCCAAAUUAAUUCAGCAGCAGCUAGAGAAGGAGUUGAACACACUGAGACUGACCCGCUCGGCAGCGCUCUCCUCUCAGGACGGGGCGGUCGGGGGCUCGGUGUACUUAGGGAAGAAAGGCAAAGAUUUCGAGUUCUCUCAGUUGGCCAAUCGGGUGGAGUUCAUCGAGUGCAAAGCCAGAGGAAGCAAAACCGAGGAUGGAGAUGCUGACAUUGAUGCUCUGGAGAAGUGCCUAGCCAAACUCUGAAGAUCACACAGCUGGAGUUAUUCAGUAACUCAAUUCAACUUUUCUUGUUGUUGUCUCUGGAUUUCACUCAUCAUUGCUGUAUCAGUGUACAUCAUGUCCGGAUACUGUAGAUGCAGCACACAAAUCAAACUGAAUCAGUGUAUAAUGCACCCCCCAGGCACCUGUUUGCUUUUUCCUUCUCACUCCAGGGUUUUAUUAAAGUUUAAGCUGGAGUCAGGUCAACGUUUACCUUUUAUUUUAUUUCGCUGUCAAUUAUAUUAAAGAUGGAUUAUCUUGA